CGUUAUUUAAACUGGUUUGUUGAGAAUCGUUGCUGUUGUGACUUUGUCGGUUUAGCUAUAUCAAUGCCCAUGUACAUUUUGAUGAACUUUUCCGGAACUCCAGUUUAGCCGACAGAAUCGUGCUUUUAACAUUGAAUGUUUUUAAAACGUAUCUAAACAGUUUCCACUCUUCAGCAGCUGAAGGAUUUAAGCUAAGAUGAGGAUUAUUGGCCAUAUUUCACAUCUUCACGGCACAAUCAUUCAAACAUCUCGUAGAUAUAGCGUAUCUGUAGAUGAAGUGUACAUGAAAUCGCUCUUAAAUAAACUAGGUCAGAAAAGUGUGGCAUCGCCCUCACACAGCGAAACAAAAGAUAUGAAAAAUACUCAUGGAAUGAGUAGAAAUCCACAAGAUGGUGAUUUUUUCAAAGGAAAUGAAAAUCUUUCCGUAUCGAAGUGGAAUUUUGUCAAACCUUCGAAGAAAUUGGUGCGUGAUUCGUCAGUCCCUUUGAAAAAUCCUAUCGGUUUUGGUGUUGCACUUCGGACCGCAGAAAGUCUGCAUCGUGAAGUUAAGGACGUUCAGACCCAUAGCCAAUCUCUUCCAGAUAUUGGUAAGCUGCCACCGAAGAACAUAAGGUCAUAUUUAAGUCCAAACCAAACGCCUACGGAAAGCAUUGUCUUAUUGCAGCAGUGGUUUAAAGAGUUGGAAUUAAAUGAUUUGGUUCGGGUGCUCCCAACGUGUGGUAAUCUUGCAGCUUAUGUUCCAAACUGUUUUACUCUCUCGCAACUUGUGAAGCUGGGUGUUGAUCUAUCUAAAAUUGAAGCUGUUCCUGGCGUUGCAAAUAUGUUGAUGAAACUCGAUUUCCACGCCGACAUUGAACCCGUAUUAUGGCGACUUGCAGAUUUUGGGUUCAAGCCUGAACAAAUCGCACGUAUCAUAACAAUCUUCCCUAAAAUAUUUAAGCUUUCACUGGAAGAAAUCAGCUCACGAAUAUCGUACUUUACGGACCGACGAGUUUUUCUUACGGAUGUUGUUACAAUGGUGCAUAAAAAGCCUACCAUACUCGAGAUACCAUCCAUCGAAAUAGAUAAGCAUCUUGGUCAAAUAAAAUCGCUCCUGAAGUUAAAAAAUUCAGAAGUUGUCAACUUGAUCACAACUGAACCUAAAAUAAUUUUGCAUCCUCUGUCCAAAAUCAAGGAUGUCUUUGUGGUGUUAUCAAAAAUGAUGGGAUUUUCUGAGUCAGUUGUGCAAAAUCUGGUUCUUGCUAAUCCCAAGUUAUUAGUAACAGAACAUGAACACUUAAAAAAUAACUUUUCUAUUAUGCACUGGUGCUUUGACCUCCCAGUUGAUCAGAUACAAAUGUGGCCAGAGGCAUUAUCAGCAGCACCUCAUUUGCUGUACCAACGCUGUACAUUUCUUGUCCGCCGAAAUUUGUUCCAACCGGAUCCAACUAAACCGUUGUAUACGCCUCUGAGCACCAUAGUCAUACAAGAAGACAAAGAAUUCUGUCAGAAGUAUGGGUUCACUACGGAAGAUGACUACGAUAACUUUCUUCGAACUCUGUGAAAGUAACUUUCUUCUUGUGAAUAAAUUAUCAUCUGAAUAAAGGAUUUUAGUUUUAA